GCUAGCUGCAAUGGAGGACCCCCCUGGAAAGACAAGAAAGGGAGGAGGAGAAAAAGUUGGAGAGGAAAUUGAGAAUGAAGAGGGAAAAAAAGAGGAGGGAUGAAGUUAAUAGGUUGACCGCAGAGGUGGCAAAGGUGAAGGAUAGUAGGCAGGAAGUGGAGGCUCAGACAGACACCUCGACCAAAUGGGAUAAGGUGUUGGCGUACCUGGAGGUGUUGAGCGCAGCUUGGAUGGAGGAAUGCCAAGCCAAUAGAGCUCAAGAGGUAGCCGUGAAGGCCAUGCGGUCCGAUUUUCGGGAUUUUGCGCGCGAGAUGGUUACCCACGUUGGAGGGGAAGUCAGGUGGUUGAGAGACAACGUGGGGAAGUUCUGUGAGGGUGCCAUUGAGGGCGCCGAAGUAGUAGCCGCUGCCGAGGGCGAGGCCAGACCUCGCAAAGAACCAGUCAAACUUAAGUUCCCCGAUGCUUAUGGUGGGAAAUCUGACGAGAACUUCGAUAACCGGGAGGCUAGCGUAAACAGUUACGUUUACUUACAGCACAUCGUACAGGACGAUCAGGUCCUGGUAGCCUUCCAGGCCCUCAAGGACGAAGCGGCUAGUUUUGCUAGGUCUCUCGCGCGCGCGGCCGGUUGUGAAAGCAACAUGGUCGCCUAUUCCAAGGUUACCCCCCUCCCUCAAUUCUUCAAGCUCCUGAGGGAGCGAUUCGCUGAUCUUCGCAGAGGCGUUAGAGCCUCUGACAAACUACAAACCAUCCACUCACAACAGUGGAGGAGUGUCGAGGCACUCAAGGCAGUAAUGGACGACCUGGUGGCCAUCCCGGACCAUGGGGUGACUGAGUCCCAGUUGGUCCAGCUAUUUUAUCGUACAAUGUUAGAGCCCCUGCGUGGGCACUUCUUUGACAAGUCCCAACAGCCCACCAUGACGUUGGUCGUAGUUUAUUUAGAUGACAUCUUAGUUUUCAGUAAGACCCUCCAGGAGCAUCAGGGUCAUCUGAGGCAGGUCUUGGAGAAGUUGAGAGAGUCAAACUUCAAGAUCAACGCGAAGAAGUGCGAGUGGGCCAAGACACAAGUUUUGUACUUGGGCCACGUAUUAGACGGGGAUGGCAUCAAGCCUGAGGACAACAAGAUAGCGACAAUUAGAGACUGGCCAACGCUCCGCACAUUGACAGAGUUGCGGUCGUUCUUAGGCCUAGCUAACUACUAUAGAAAGUUCGUGAGGAACUUUUCUACUAUCGCCGCUCCCUUGCGCAGGUCGCUUAAGAAGGAGGCAAUCUGGCAAUGGGAUAGAGAUUGUACGUCUGCGCUCAAGAAGUUAAAGCACGCGUUAAUAGAGUACCCUAUCCUCAAAGUAGCAGAUUCGUCUUUGCCGUUUGUUGUCACCACGGACGUGAGUCAGUAUGGGAUAGGCGCCGUGUUACAGCAGGACGACGACAAUGGCUAUAGACCCGUAGAGUUCAUGUCAGCGAGGAUGCCCUCAGAGAAGGUAGCCACCUCGACAUACGAGAGACAACUCUAUGCUCUCAGGCAGGCCUUAGAGCACUGGAAACAUUACCUGCUUGGGAGGCACUUCAAAGUGUAUUCUGACCAUGAGACGCUUAGAUGGUUAAAGACCCAGGCCAAGAUGACACCUAAGUUGACUAGGUGGUCCGCGGAGAUAGACCAGUAUGACUUUGAGCUCAAGCCAGUAAAGGGCAAGUUCAACGUAGUUGCGGAUGCUCUAAGUAGGAGAUCAUACUACUUUGGAGCCAUUGUACACUAUCUGGAUAUAGGGAGAGACCUGCAGGAGAAAGUGAGGCAAGCGUAUGCGCAGGACCCUAUCUAUAGCGACCUCCUAAAGAGAGUUAGAGAGGCCCGAGAGACCGAACCAGAUUACCGCACUACAGACGGGUUGCUGUUUGAGAAGACUAACGUAUUCGACCGUCUAUGCAUUCCCAACAGGGAGGAAGAUUUGCAGUUUGACCCAAGGGGAAUGCCACGAUACAGAGGGACAUUUCGGUUGGCAAAAGACUCUAGCCAAUCUAAUGCGUGCGUAUACCUGGCCAGGAAUGAAGAAUGACUGCAUAGAGUAUGUCCGCAGUUGCAAAGUUUGCCAGAGGAACAAGACCACUACGCAUGCCCCUCUAGGUCUUCUCAGACCCUUGCCUAUUCCUGAUCAGCCGGGAGACUCAGUGUCCAUAGACUUCAUGGAUACCCAAGUCAAGAGUAGACAUGGUAAGCGCCACGUCAUGGUCAUAGUUGACCGAUUUAGCAAGUAUGCAGUUUUUGUUCCUUUGCCUACAGAGGCACGUACCGAAUUAGUUAUUCAGAAGUUCUUUGAUUUUUGGGUCAAUGAACAUGGAGUCCCGUUGUCUAUAGUUAGCGAUAGAGAUAGCCGCUUCACUAGCCAGAACUGGCAGGAACUCAUGAGAGUCUAUGGGUCAAAGUUGCUGAUGUCGUCUGGCCGCCAUCCAGAAACUAACGGUCAGACUGAGCAGAUGAACAAAAUCCUGCAGCAAGU